UUAAAGAAUAUUAAAUAAUUACUUUGGAAAUUUAGUUCCCCACGUCGCGGAUUUUAUUUAGAAGGAAAAACAAAAGUUUCUGUCUCCCGAGGUCUGUCCAGGUCCAGGACUCAGGGUUUAUCGCCUCUUUUUUAGCUCACCCGUUGCCUCUUCGAAAGGAAACUUUGCCGAGGAGGACAAGAGUCUCUCUUUUCCACGCCUCUGCGAACUGGAGGGGGGUCGGUGGCAGAAAUUCUGAUAAAAACAGGCUUUUUUGGCUCCUAAGAAACACAAAAUGAGCGGGGAGAAGGGACCUUUCUGCCGUGCAGCGGGGCGGGCUCUGCAACGCACCAAUCACCGCUCGGCUCCGCUCUAUAAAUACGAGGCCGCUGAGUAGCUCCAGGCCCAGUGGUUUCUCGUGGAUCGUGGACGAGCCUGACGCGAUGUCGGAGACCGCGCCUGUUGCCGCUCCCGCGGUCUCUGCUCCCGGCGCCAAGGCCGCCGCCAAGAAGCCGAAAAAAGCAGCUGCCGGCUCUAAAGCCCGCAAGCCCGCGGGGCCCAGCGUCACCGAGCUCAUCACCAAGGCCGUGUCCGCCUCCAAGGAGCGCAAGGGGCUCUCCCUCGCCGCGCUCAAGAAGGCGCUGGCUGCCGGCGGCUACGAUGUGGAGAAGAACAACAGCCGCAUCAAGCUGGGGCUCAAGAGCCUCGUCAGCAAAGGCACCCUGGUGCAGACCAAGGGCACCGGCGCCUCCGGGUCAUUCAAGCUGAAUAAGAAACCGGGUGAGACAAAAGAAAAGGCAACCAAGAAAAAGCCGGCAGCCAAGCCCAAGAAGCCGGCGGCCAAGAAGCCAGCCAGCGCCGCCAAGAAGCCCAAGAAAGCAGCGGCUGUGAAAAAGAGCCCUAAGAAGGCUAAAAAGCCGGCGGCUGCGGCGGCCAAGAAAGCAGCCAAGAGCCCCAAGAAAGCCGCAAAGCCAGGCCGCCCCAAGAAGGCAGCAAAGAGCCCGGCCAAGGCAAAAACGGUGAAGCCCAAAGCAGCCAAGCCUAAGGCAGCCAAGCCCAAAGCAGCCAAGGCGAAGAAGGCGGCGCCUAAAAAGAAGUAAGGUGACAGAAGAAAUUAGGAGUCCACUCAUUGAAAUAAACCCAAAGGCUCUUUUAAGAGCCACCCACUCACUCUCAAAAAGAGCUGGAACACUACGGUAAAUCACGGCAGCUAAAUCUUCUAAAGGUUUAGCAGGAGUUUAUACGGAAUAAAGAUUUAAGAUUUUUGGUACGUGCACGUUCGGUACAGCCUCCGUGGGAGACCCGGACUUCCCUAAACAGGAAGUGUGUCCCUACACUUCGGGG